UUUUAUAAACAUUAGCGGUCUUACACAAGCCUAUAGUGUACCUUUGUGUCUUGACCGUGGCACAGUUGGUCGUAAACAAAAAGUAUCUCAAAACAAUUUUUAAACUAAAUAAGUGUGAAGUGCUAAAAUAAGUCAUGGAAAAGUGUAUCACAACUGUCGUGGUGGUGACACUACUGAGCCACUUGACGGCGGGGAGGUCAUAUGCGGGGGUCCGCCUGGACAAGCAUAGUGAGUUCCACCACCCCUUCGAGCAUCACGAACAUCGCGGCGACUGGAUGGACAAACCCCACGGGUGGGACUCGCGACAACACCACCCCAGCCCUGCACAAUACAACCCUACACACUACAACCCUCAUAAACGCGGAGAUAAAGAAUACUGGCGAUUGAAUCAUCCCGGUGACUACGAGCCCGAUAGUCAAGGCGAGCAAACUGACUCACUGCCUAGAGGAUGGCCUAACCACGGCAGCCAUUCUUCCUGGUCAGACCAGAAACCUUGGCCAAACCACGAAAAACCUAACUGGUCUAAUCAAGAACCUGACUUCUGGUCAAAUAACGGAUGGAAUAAUCAAGACAGGCCAAACUCGUGGACAGAUCAAGGGCGACCUGGCUGGUAUGAUCCAUCUGGGCAUAACACUGAAUGGUAUGACCAGCAAAGACCCAAUUCAAAUAGCUGGGAGGACACCGGUAGUCCUAAUACUUGGGGUCCUGUUACACCGUCAACUACGGCCAAUCCGAACACCAAGUCCCCACUAGCCAUAGCUAACUGCAUUAGAUCGUGUCCUGUGACGUCAGAGUACAACCCUGUGUGCGGUACCAACAACGUCACCUACGGCAACCCUGGAAGACUGGACUGCGCCGCGUAUUGUGGAGUUGAUGUUUCCUUACAAAGAAACUCGGCGUGUACGGCAGUCGUAGCUACCGACAGUAAUACACAGGGUCAGAAGAAUAACACCAGACCGAGCCAGCCAUCUCUCCCUUCAGAGCCAAGCACCAAUCCUCCGGAGCCGACGAGGUUUACCACCAUAGACGUACCGGUAACCAACAAACCCAGCCAGCCAGACCCUGCCUUCACCAUCCCUCCCGACGUACUCAACAGCAUCUUCACAAGUACAACCGAAGACGACCAAUACGCAAUUGACAUUAGAACUAGAAGUAAAUUCAUGCCACAAUACGUUUAUCCGAUCCAAACAUAAUAUAAGUUAUAAUAAAAUAGAUUUAACGCAAACAGACUGCAAAAUAAUUAUAAUUGUAAAUAAAUUUAUUUUUUUAAGUUA